AUGUGGGCCCCAGCCCCUGCAGCCUGGCUGGCAGAUGAAGGCUUCCGCGUGCUCCCCGUGGCUGUAGUGCUGUGGGCUGCCAUGGCCUUAGAGGGGCGCUGUCUCCGUCGGGGGUCCCCGGCCAUGCUCAGGAGGGGUGGGCAGCGGCGAGGGCGGGCAUCCCUGAGCCGGCUCACAUCUACUCUGCUGUCCCGCACCCGGCUGCACGGCCUCAGACAGGUGUGCCUCCCCGGGGGCUCUAUGGGGCGGAGGGCGUUUUGGCUCAUCGCUCUGUGCACCUCUGUAGGACUGCUGCUGUCCUGGUCCUCAAACCGCCUGCUGCACUGGCUCUCAUUCCCCACGUACACACGAGUCCACACUGAGUGGGCCAAAGAACUGGCCUUUCCUGCGGUCACUAUCUGCAACAACAACCCCAUCCGCCUCUACAAACUCACCAAGAGCGACCUGUACUUCGCGGGCCACUGGCUGGGCCUGCUCCUGGCCAACAGGACGGUCAGGCCUCUGGUACUGGACCUGCUGCAGGAGGACCGCCGCGCCUGGUUCAACAAACUGUCCGACUUCAGGCUCUUUCUGCCUCCACGGAACUUUGAGGGGACCAACCUGGAGUUUAUGGACCGUCUGAGCCACCAGCUGGACGACAUGCUCCUGUCAUGUAAAUACAGAGGGGAGCCAUGCGGAGCUCACAACUUCUCCUCAGUGUUCACCCGAUAUGGCAAAUGUUACAUGUUCAACGCAGCGGAGGAGGGACGGUCUCUGCGCACCACGAUGAAGGGCGGCACAGGGAACGGCCUGGAGAUCAUGUUAGACAUCCAACAGGACGAGUACCUCCCCGUGUGGGGCGAUACAGAGGACACGGCGUUCGAGGCGGGGGUGCGUGUGCAGAUCCACAGUCAGGCGGAGCCCCCCUUCGUCCACGAGCUUGGCUUCGGGGUUGCUCCGGGGUUCCAGACCUUUGUUGCCACUCAGGAGCAGAGGCUGACCUACCUGCCUCCGCCCUGGGGAGAGUGUGAAUGGAGAGCUCUGGAAUCCGGCUUUUUCCAGGUGUACAGCGUGACCGCCUGCAGGAUCGACUGUGAGACGCGCUACAUCGUUGAGAACUGCAACUGCCGGAUGGUGCACAUGCCGGGUGACGCUUCGUACUGCACACCUGAGCAAUACAAGGACUGCGCAGAGCCGGCUCUCGCCAAACUGUCUGCGGUGGAGGGCAGCAGCUGCAUGUGCCGGACGCCGUGCAACAUGACUCGCUACAACAAGGAACUGUCCAUGGUCAAGAUCCCCAGCAAGACCUCAGCGCGUUACCUGCAGAAGAAGUUCAACAAGUCUGAGAAGUACAUCACAGACAACAUCCUGGUGCUGGACGUGUUCUUCGAGGCUCUAAACUACGAGACCAUAGAACAGAAGAAAGCCUACGAAGUGGCAGGGCUGCUGGGUGACAUCGGCGGUCAGAUGGGGUUAUUUAUUGGAGCGAGUAUCCUGACCAUUCUGGAGCUGUUCGACUACGCUUAUGAGGUGGUGAAAGAGCGACUGCUGGACUUACUGAGCAGAGAGGAAGAGGAGGAGAGCCAUGCUGAAGAAGUGAGCUCCUGUGACCCCGUGGCCAACCACUCAGAGUCCAUCAGUCACACUGUUGCCGUGCCGCUGCAGACCGCGCUUGGCACUUUGGAGGAGAUCGCCUGCUGAUCCUCCCCUGUCCUGUCCCACCAGAGCGCCCCCUAGCCUACAGGAGGACUACAAGACAGAGCACCCUGGGACGGGACGGGGACUUGUGAAUAGGACAGCUCUGUCACCCAAAAAAAAAGCCACUAAUGGAGACAAAGGAGGCGUCAGCGGACUUGCUAGAUAAACUCCAAAAAGCGCACACAAAAGGACUACGCGGGGGGACUCGACUUCCCACAAUGCAACGUGUUUAUAUAAAAUGGACUCGUUCAUACGUCGCUCACUGCCAAAUAAACUGUCUGUAUACGGUUUCAAAGAGCAUGUAUUGAUCUCUCUUCUUUGCUGAUGCAUACACCAGACUGCAGUGUUGCUUUCCAUGUGCCGUCGCCCCCUACCUGCAGGACGAGGGACAGGCCCCGCUGUGAACUCCUGCCGUGAAUGUACAGAGCCAAGAAAUGU